AUGCCUGCUAGCCACGAGCUAGGGGUCAAUUCACAUGUCGAGGAUCGAGUGGACAGUGACCAGGACGCUGAAGGCGAGGAGGAUACCGAUCUCUACCAGCUGGAUCAGGAGCUGCAAAGUGCCGUUCAGAAAGCAGAUGCUGGAAGCGCGGUUGAAGAAGAAGAGCCCAUGGCGGAGUCGGACGCUGCGGAGGACGAUGAUAAAAGUGAGGAAGAGGAUUAUGCAGAGCAAGUCAACGAUGAUGCGGUAUCGAGGGAAAGUGAGAAUGAAUAUGAUGAAACACCGCGAAGGCCGCGCCGAGUUCGGAGAAGUGCCGCAAUAUCUUCAAAAUCUGACGACGAGGAAAGCGAUGCAGAUGUCGCUUAUGGAAACGGUGAUGCACGCUCAGAUUCGGAGUCGGAAAGCAAUGCAUCGGACAGGGAGGCAGAGGAUUGGGAAGCAGAAAGCAAUGGAAACGAUGAAAAUGAUGCGGACAAGUUGAUUCGAUCGAAUUGCAUAUUCUGCGGUCAGGAUGAAGAUCAUGAUCCGUCGGAGGAUUUCGAAGAGUAUUUGACAUGCGCAGUUUGUGGCGAUCACUCCCAUCGGCAAUGCGCGCGAGAACAAAGCGCCUUUAAUGACGACGAAGAUGCGGAAUGGUGGCGAUGCACUACCUGUGUUCAGGAUAAUCUUCAACCUGACCCAGAAACUGACGCAGCUUCACGGAGAUUAGCUGCGGAAAGUAUUGCGGGCGAUUUACAAGCUGCCUCAGCAGAUGGUCAGCACUCUGUUUUUAAUAACCUAAUAGUUGACGACGAUCCGAUGGAUGGGACGCGGUCAUUGCGGAAACGCAAAACUUCACCUACCGACUCGGAAGACCACGUUCCUGCAUUGCGUAAACGACAACACCGUACACCUUCGCAAGGCGCAACAGACAGCGCAGAUGGCUCUUUGGAUGCAGACGGCUUGCCGCGCACUCGGCCGCGCAGGGCGCGUAAAGCAGAGAAAGAGCUAUGCCGUGUUGUGGAAAGCGAUGUCGGCAGGUGUAUCAUUGCACUGCACCUAAACUUUCCGAAGAUGGCCAAAAUCCUCAACUCACGACCGCGGCCGAAGCAACGGCGGCGCAAGCAGCCGAAGCCGCCUCCCGUAGAACAAGAGCCUCUCUCUCAUUUCGCCCCAAUCCCACCAAGCUAUACUACACCUUUCUACUCUUUUCAUGAUCGCGAAGUUGACGAGCUCAAGUCGAAACCGUACGGAGGGAUUCUAUCAGAAGCCGAUGCCGAUACUAGUCGAACGUUGCCAACGCAAGCGGACCGAGAGAAAUUCGAGGCUGCUCGACGGAGCGCCGAGGAGGACUGGCAACGGAAGGUCAUGGAGUCGGAACCUGUUGGAGAAUUGAAUCACCGUGCUUCACAAAAAGUUUCUGGCCCGCCGAGCAAAAUCAAAUGGAUCAAUUUUGGCGGUUACGAGAUCGAGACAUGGUAUGCUGCACCAUAUCCUGAAGAGUACAGCCGCAACAAAGUGUUGUAUAUCUGUGAAUUUUGUCUCAAGUACAUGAAUUCGGACUUUGUGGCCUGGCGGCAUAAAUUGAAAUGUCCAGCCAAACAUCCACCGGGCGAUGAAAUAUAUCGGGAAGGUUCGGUGUCCAUCUACGAAGUGGAUGGGAGGAAGAACCCUGUUUACUGCCAAAAUCUUUGCUUAUUAGCAAAGCUGUUCUUGGGCUCAAAGACACUCUACUAUGAUGUCGAGCCCUUUCUUUUCUACGUGAUGACCGAAUACGAUGACUUGGGAUGCCACUUUGUCGGGUAUUUCAGCAAGGAAAAACGGCCCAGCUCGUCGAACAACGUUUCAUGUAUUCUGACGCUUCCUAUUCAUCAACGGAAAGGUUACGGAAACCUACUCAUUGACUUUUCAUAUCUCUUGACACGAGUUGAGAAAAAGACCGGAUCUCCUGAAAAGCCGUUGUCGGAUAUGGGUCUAGUUUCGUAUAGAAAUUACUGGCGACUUGUUCUCAGCUAUCAAUUGCGCGACCAGAAAACUCCAGUUAGCAUUGCAGAGCUUUCUGACCGCACAGGAAUGACUGCGGACGACAUCGUUUCUGGUCUUGAGGGACUACGAGCGCUUGUUCGGGAUCCAGUCACAAAAACCUACGCUUUACGGCUCAACUAUUCGUACUUUGAAGAGUACAUCAAAAGUUGGGAGGUUAAGGGCUAUGUGAAACUCAACCCGGAUGCCCUCGUUUGGACACCGUACGUCAUGGGCCGUAGUAACCAGUCACAUUAUGAUCGUGCCCAGCUACACACUGUCGCUCCCCGCGAAGACCCCAACGAUGAAGACGAAGAGGGAGCCGACGAAGAUGGAGACCUUGGUCUGGGCGCAAACGGAACGUCAAGAAUGAAUGGCGAUUCCACAAAACCAGACGGUCUCUCAUCCUAUGCGCCCGCCGGUCCUCCUUCGACAGCAGGCUUAUCAUCAUUCGGCGAAAACUCCACCGUCCUGUCCCAAACAAAUGGCGAAACAAGGUCAAAGUCUCCUGAUCCGGCAGCCGGUAUCCCACCAACUCGAUUUGAGAUUUACCCUCCUGUGCGACCGCCAGUCUUCAAGCGCCGACCUGGCCGACCCUGGGGCAGCAAGACGAAGUAUAACAGCGCGUAUAUGUCGACACCGCGAAACGCACGCUCCACACCCCGGCGCACGUCGACCUCUAUGUUUGGGAUUGGGUCGCCUGCGUCUACGAAUGCAGCAGCUACUUCCGCGCGGAGGGGCCGGAGCGGAUUAGUCUCGGAGCUUGCCUCUGGUCCCGACAGUCCUUUGGUAAACGGCACGGAAGGUCACGACGAUGACGAGGAGGAAGAGGAGGAGGAACAACAACUGCAGGAUCAAGAGAUGGACGAAGCAGCUGAGCCUGAUCAAGAGCUCACGAAUGGAAAUGGUGCUACUCCCGACGCCGCGAUCGAGGCUGAAGAACCCUCGAUCGACGACGCAAAAGGCGAGGAUGAGCCCAUGACUAAUGGCAUUGGGCAACCCGAUUCUGUCUCUGUCGUGGCCGAGUCGGGUAAUGAUAACGCCACUACCGCGACAAACACGACCAACAGCACGGGGAAUCUCACGCCUCGUCGGACUACGCGACGAUCCAUGGCAGAUGGCGAGAAGAGGGUGACGAGGACGACGCCUGUUAAAGCUGUCUCUAUCACCGCUGCUGCGAAUGUACUAACAACAAAUGGUAACGGAAGCGGAGAUGGGAACGGCGACAGCGAUAUAGACGCCGACGGCGAAAUUGACGACGACGUACCGAUGGGAUUAUAA